AUGCUAAGAAAAGGCGUGUACCCCUAUAAACACAUGGAUGGAUGGCAGCGAUUUGAAGAGCUGGAGCUGCCACCAAAGGAGGCCUUUUACAGCAAGCUAAGCAUGAAUGAGAUCAGUGAUGAAGAUUAUCAAUACGCUAAAGAGGUGUGGAAUGUCAUUACCCCAAAGGUUGAUAAUGUCACCAUGGGGUACUACCAUGAUAUCUACCUAACCAUAGGCGUCUGCCUGGACAACUACAAGCUUGAUCCCGCACACUUCUACAGUGCGCCCGGAUUAGCCUGGAAGGCAGCCCUGAAAUUUACAGGUAUCAGAGCUUCUCAACGAUCCCAACAUGCUCCUGAUGUUCGAGAAGGGUAUAAGAGGAGACCAUACGAUCCGGAUGAGGAGUCCUCCUACCUGCAAUAUCUGGAUGCCAACAACCCAUAUGGCUGGGCCAUGCGUCAAGACCUGCCCACGGACGGUUUUAAGUGCGUAUCGAAUGUCGAGGCAUUCACUGAAAGGCGGUUUAUCAGAAAGCUCGUUGAGGACAGCAAGGAUGGGUACAUAUUAGAGAUAGAUAUCGAUUACCCCGAGGAACUACAUAAGAAACAUAAUGAGCUGCCUUUUCUACCCGGACGAAAGAAGGUCCACAAGGUUGAAAAAUUGAUACCUAAUUUGGAAAUCAAGUGUAAGUAUGUUGUACAUAUAAGGGCCCUCUACGAGGCUAUAAACCAUGGUCUUGAGUUCAAGAAAGUGCAUAGGGUCAUCAGGUUCAACCAGAAGGCAUGGCUGGCGGGCUAUAUCGAUCACAACACAAGGUUGAGAACAAACGCAAGGAACGAGUUCGAGAAGGAUUUCUACAAGCUGAUGAACCUCUUGGUGUUCGGGAAGACCAUGGAGAAUAUCAGAAAUCACCGCAAUAUCCAACUGGUCACCAAUGAGGAAAAGUACAUGAAGCUCGUAAUGAAGCCUAAUUUCAAGGGUGGUAGCCGGUCCAGCAAGAACCUACUAGGUGUAGAGAUGGGCAAGACCGAGGUGAAGAUGAAAAAGCCCAUUUACAUUUGGCAGGUUAUAUUGGAUAUGUCUAAGCUAAUCAUGUACGAGUUUCAUUAUGACUACAUGCAGCCUAAGUACGGUAGCAAGCUCCAACUCUCUUACAUGGACACGGACUCCUUCGUUUAUGAUAUACGAACAGAGGACUUCUACAGGGAUAUAGCGCAGGAUGUUGAGGCACGCUUUGAUACAAGUGCCUACAAUGCGGAUGAUAACAGGCCUUUCCCCAUAGGGGAAAACAAGAAAGUGGUAGGCCUCAUGAAGGAUGAAUUAGGCGGAAAAAUCAUGACCGAAUUAAUCACCCUUAGGGCAGAACUCUAUGCGUACAAGAGCCUUACCAAGGAAGGUGGUGUUCGCAAAGCGAAGGGUGUCAAGAGAUAUGUCACCGAAAAAUCCAUCAAUUUCGAUGAAUAUAAGCAGUGCAUCCUGAAAGAGGACAAUGAUAUCUACAAGAGCCAUUCAAAACAAGGGUCAUAA